AUGUCCGCGGCCAAAAUCAAAAGAAAUAGUGAAGAACUCAGAAAAAUUAUUUUACCUGCCCUUGACGAGGAUUAUGUGAAGCAUCGGCAAAGAAUUUAUAAGAGAAUAGAAUCAACUUUUGAGUUAAACGAAAAAAACUGGAGGGAGCGGCAAACAAAUUUGGGUCAAGUUUCAAACGCACUUGAAAAUUUAAAAAGCGCAGUUGUGUCUACAGCUGAGAGCUUGCAGAUAAUUGAAGAGACUACGAUCCUAAAGAAAGAAGAAUUGCAAGCUUUAUGCUCUAUAAACACAAUUGACCUCUCAACGCUCCCAAAUGAGACUAAAAAAUUAGCAGAUUUAAUUUCAUAUUAUCGAGACAUCAGGACCAAAUUAGAAAUAGUUAGGAAAACACACCAUGAUAGACUUGGAAUGAAAAUUGAAAAAAUUGGUGAAAAUAUAAAGUUCAGCUUCGAAUAUAUCGCAAGAGAUAGAAAAACUGAGCAUAGUGUGACUCUUGCCCUUAAUAAUGAAAAAUAUCAAAUCGUCUCUUGCAUCCCAGAAAUUCCACGGCUUCAAGAUCUCGAAAUGGAGCUAAACUGGACUCUAUCUUUAGGUACUUUUUUAAAGAAAGUUAGAAAAGAAUUUACUAAUUCACCUUAUGCAAAAGGGUAUUUGUUUUACAUUAAGCACGCAUAAUAUUUUUAUUCUAUCAAAAUAGUUUUUUUAAAAUUUUCAGCCUUUAUUUGAUAAUAAUUUUUAUAUAAGCUUUAUGUAUAA